CGCGCAGGACGUGUUGACGUCGCACGUGAUGGCACGUUCCGCGAGGUCUGCGAGGAGUAGCGCAGAGGCUCAUGGUUACACGUGAUUGGAAGUGGGAGUAGUUGGACCUUUAGGCCGCUGGUCUUUCAUUUCCGGGUGGGAGGCAGCUGGUGGAGGCGGAGGCUGCAGCCCAGAAGGCCAGGAGGGGCUUGGGGGAGAUAGCGACUCAGCGCGGACGGCAAGGAGGCAGCCUGCACCUGGCAUCUGCACCUGCACCUGCGUGACAUGCACGGCAGCCUCCUCCGGACUGGACACCUCCUGGAGAGCAGGUGGAGACUAUCUCAGAAUAUUUCUCCUCUUGAUGGUGUUUUUGCCCUGAUAUUGAAAGCCACUCACUCUAACUGAAGAAAGUAAUAUGUGUGGUGAAAGAAUUAAAAAUUUGGGAUACAGAAAAUAGAUUGCCUGUUUCGAGGUGGAAGAAUCUAUCAGAAGAUACGCAGCUGCUCAAAAACCCUUACUGACAGUGAUGACUACAAACUUGAGGAACAAUAUUGGAAGGGAUCCAGAAAGUCAUCAUGGACCUUAUGGAUGAGUUUAAAGAUGAAUUCCCUACCAUCCUAAGAUUAUCACAGUCUAAUCAGAAAAGAGAACCCAUGCAGAAAACGUCCAGAAUCAGAAUGGCUGUCGCCUUAGCAAGGAUCAACCGAGGAACAUUGAUUCAAGGAUUAAACACCAUAUCCAGAUCCUCCAAAUCAGUGGCCAAACUUCUGCAUCCCCAGCUUGCUUGUAGACUUCUAGAGUUAAGGGACAUAUCACAUCGUUUGCUGAGGGAAGUUAAUGCACCAAAACAACCUCUCUAUAACGUGCAGGUCAGAAGGGGUUCUUUGUUUGAAAUCAUUUCUUUUCCGGCAAAGACUGCUUUAACUAGCAUAAUAUGUGCUUCAUAUGCAGCACUAAUUUAUCUGACCAUCUGUGUUAAUGCUGUGUUGGAGAAGGUAAAGAAAAUUUUCCAAGAAGAAGAAUCCAUAAGGCAAAAGAGAGAAGAGAGUGAAAAUCUUAGAAAAGCCUUUUCUGAGCCUGUGCUUUCUGAGCCUGCCUUUCCUGAAGGUGAAAUCAAAGCAAAACCUUACAGGUCAUUACCGGAGAAACCAGACAAUAUUGCAGAUCGCCCCAAACUUCCUGCUAAUAAGUUGAAUAAUAAGAUCCAGGUUUUACAUUCUGUGUUUGACCAAUCAGCUGAAAUGAAUGAAUGAGCAAAUUGGAACAUAAGUAUUACUGAGUGGAGCUUGAGAGUUAUUAUCUAAUCGCAUUUCAUCUCACAAAACCAGGAAACUAGUUUUCAUAUAUUGACUGCUCUGCUUUAAAA